AUAGAAUCACUGAUUUGAUGUGAUUCUAUGCCAGAGCCAACGAAUACACAAGUAGAAUAGAAAUAUAGAAUGCAGAAUUCAUUCCAUUUUGGAAAUAUGAGAAUCCACUCUGUAAACGUCCUAAUCCCUUCUAUAAACUCCCAUUAAUCUUCAAGCAAGACUGACAAGAGUUAAGACUUUAGAUUGAUGAAUACCUUGGACUCUUUGGAGUAAUCUCUGCAUGAUAGACAGUUUUUUAUUCUGGCAAACAUCUGGCAAAGUGGCAAUCAGCUGCUAGUGGCAACACUGUAUAAUGGACCUUUUAUCAGUUUUAUAAAAAAAUCCAACGUUGUCUCAUUAUUAGAUUUCAAUUCUGAUGAUACUUGAGUUAUAGUUUAUUUAUUUAUUUUCUUCUUUUAACAUCGAUUUUAUUUUAUAUUUGUGUAUUUGUAUUGUUAAAUUUAAUUCAAUUAAAAAAUUAUGGUCGUUAAGCAUUUCGUAGAAGGUUAUGAAAAUUUUAUUAAAUUUGUUGAACAAUUCACUGCUACUCAACCAACAUUUGUUUUGUACACUGGAUCAAAACUACCCGAUGGCAACAGUUGGUGUCCAGAUUGUGUUGAAGCUAAACCAGUUAUAGAAAAAGCAUUUAAAUCCGCUCCAGAGUUUUACAAUUGCGUUGUAGUGGAGGUUGGUGACAGGCAUUUUUGGAAAGAUCAAAAAUGUCCAUUUAGAGCUCACCCUAAAAGUCAAAUAAAUGUUCUACCAACUCUUGUCAAAUGGGGAACUCAAAAACGCCUAGAAGGUAAUCAAUUGUUAGAUAAUAACCUCAUUGAAAUGUUAUUAUUUGAAGAUGAUGAGUAAAAAC